AUGUAUAUGCAGAACACCCGCCCUCAUUCAGCACCAUCAAUCACCGGUCCCUGGAAGAAUGCGGGCGAAGUUCUGCCCAGCGGGAGCAAAAUCAACAAUCCUGGGGCAGAUGAUGCGUGGGCACCGGAUGUUCAUUAUGUAGCGGGGACGUACUAUCUCUACUACGCUGUCUCGACCUUUGGCACGCAAACAUCUGCUAUCGGUGUAGCAACGUCGACUUCUAUGGAUGCCGGGACAUGGACCGAUCAUGGCUCCACCAGCGUCGCCUCAACAACCGGGGAUGACUACAAUGCCAUUGAUCUUAACCUUAUCCAAGUCUCGGGCAAGAAGUACCUCACGUUCGGCUCGUUUUGGGGCGAUUUGUAUCAGACCACCCUGUCAUCGAACCUCGAGAGUUGGUCGCAGUCGACUCCGUACAGGAUCGAACUCAACAGUACUAGCCCGCAGCCCAGUGAGGGCGCCUAUGUGUAUCACACUAGGUCGUACUACUACCUUUUCUUCAGCAGCGGAUCCUGCUGUGGAUACGACACGUCGAGGCCGGCGCCGGGAGACGAGUAUAAGAUUAUGGUCUGUCGAUCUAAUACGGUGACGGGCAGCUAUGUUGAUAGGAACGGACAAGCUUGCACGAACAGCGGCGGGACGCUGGUCCUUGGGUCCCAUGGCGUGGUCUACGGCCCCGGCGGUCAGGGAGUCUAUGACGAUCCUGUCGAGGGCUCUGUGCUGUUUUAUCACUAG